CCUCUUGAUUUUGAAACGACAGCCAUUCACAACAUUGUGUUCCAAGCGGAAAAUCCGGAGCCUCUGGUGCCUGGUGUUCAGUACAAUGCCAGCUCGUUCGCCACGUUCACCCUUUUUGUGACAGAUGUGAACGAAGCCCCUCAAUUUCCCCUGCACAUAUUCCAAGCAAAAGUCAGUGAAGACGUGGCCAUAGGCACCAAAGUGGGCAACAUGAUUGCCAAGGAUCCGGAAGGUCUGGACAUAAGUUAUUCCCUGAGAGGCGACACGAGAGGCUGGCUGAGAAUUGACCCUGCCACUGGCGAGAUCUUCACUGCGGCUCCACUGGACAGGGAAGCUGAAAGUCUGUAUCGCGUACAAGUGGUGGCAACUGAAGUAGGUGGGUCUUCCUUGAGCACCGCAGCGGGGUUCCACCUGGCUCUGACCGACGUGAACGACAACCCCCCGCGGCUAGCGAAGGAGUACACAGGCUUGUUCUUCUGCCACCCGCUCAGCGCGCCCGGAAGCCACAUCAUCCAGGCGAGGGACGAUGAUCUGCAUUCAUUUCAGUUUACAUUUGCCCUUGGCAGCGAAAGCUUACAAAACGACUGGGAAAUUUCCAAAAUCAACGGCACUCAUGCCAGACUCUCCACCAAACACACCAGCUUCGAGGAGAGAGUUUAUAACGUCCCAAUCCGCAUCAACGAUGGAGGUCGGCCACCCUUGGAGGCGACUGUCUCUUUAUCAGUCACUUUCUGCUCGUGUGUGGAAGGGAGGUGUUUCCGGCCAGUAGGUCAUAUGCCUGGGAUACCUACUGUGGGCGCGACAGUUGGCAUACUCCUGACCACAUUUUUGGUCAUUGGUGUAAUUUUAACAGUUGUGUUUAUACGACUGAAGAAGAAUAAAGGCAAAGAUAAUGUUGAAAGUGCUCAGGGAUCUGAAGCCACACCUCUGAGAAACUGAAUUUGAAAAGAAAUAUUUGUCCCAAGUGCCAUUGGAUAACACCACCAUUUAAUCCCACAAUUUUUGCUUUUCAUCCAACAUAUGCACUAUAAUUUUUUACAGAUAUGCCUUC